AUGCACAGGUGAAAUUUUACUGACGUGCAAUCUCUCGAUCUCGAAUCAACUUCUUCGCGCGUCCCUUCCACAACUUACGCGUGCCCGCCCGAUGCCGCGUGGUGGCGAGACUCGGUGCGUGCCUCUCAGCAUACGUCCCAAGGAGGUGCACUUCUGGCCGGUUGACAACUCGCCUCGGCAAGUGGACAGAGCGUGGUGCGGCGGCAGCAUCCCCAUAGACCCACAGACACAGAUUUCUCGCCCCGCUGUGAUCUGGCCCGUCCUCUUGUCUGCGGCCUGGUCAGGUGCAGGCGCGCCGAGGCGGGUCUGAGCAAGAUCAUGCUCCAGCUGCGAAGCCGCCCAACAGACUGCUCGGCCGACGUCUUCCUCGGCUACAAGCACCCGCUGCUCAUGCGACUGGCGGGGCUGCCAGGCACGUUUGCCAGCUGCCAGGCACGCCAGUGUGCCUUGUCGGGCCCUCUUCUCGCCCGGUAACCUCUCGCUGACCGAGACCCGUGUAUAGGCCUACGGCCUGUUUGACAGCCGUCCGCCGCUGCAGCAAACGCCGCCGCACCCCGCGCCCAGGCUCCUCGCCAUAUUGCGCGAGCCUGCCGAUCGCGCGCGCUCGCAGUUUGCCUACGUGUUCCGGAGAGAUCCACCCGCCAUGAGGACCGCCGAGGCGUUCGACCGCCGGGUCCGGCGUGAGCUCAGCCGGGCGCAGUCGAUGGCGCAGGCAAGGGGGAGCUCGGGCCCGCCAGACUGGCACUCUGCGCUGCGCACCGCGCGCGCGGUCGGGGGGGGGUACGAGGAUGUCCUGGCGCGCUCGUUGUACGUGGCGUACCUCGAGGCUUGGCUCGCCACUCGCAACGGCGGAGAGCGCCCACGCUUGCUCCGUAGGCGCACGUCGCCACGGAGAGCUCCGCCCCCUCCACCGCGAGCGCAGCGCUGCGGCGCACGGCAGAGUUCAUCAUCGGCCGGUCACUUCGCGCCGGCGCAGCAGAGCGCGUCAUCCACGGCAGCCGUCAGCGCUACGGCAACGGCUCGCGCCCGAGGGGCACCUCGGGGCAGCUGCGAUACAUGCUCAAUCGCACGCGCGCGCAGCUGCAGGCCUUCUUCGCGCCGUUCAACGACGCACUAUGGGCGAUGCUUGCGACGCGGUGCCGCUGCGUGCCUCUCCGCGAGGCGCAUGAUGCCGCCUCCAAUACGACGUCUUACGGAGGGCUGCUCGAGGUGGCCGCCGAUGGUGCUGGCCCCCUGUGGUGGCCGCCGGGGGCGUGCACCGAGGCGAGCCGUCUAUGACGCCAUAGCCGAGCUGCGCUUCAGGCCCGAUGGCGGUGCCGCACCGGCACCGGCACCGCGCAGCUGCCCAGCUGCGCUGCGCGCCCUCGAGCCCCUGAUACUCAUCGUAUAAUACACGAAUGGAAAGACAGGAAGAAAACAAACAACCUAAGGAGGGAUGGGAGGACGGCACGCCGCCACCACACAGGAAUUUUACGGAGAGGAGUGUGGUGCCGCUAGCCGUCGCCCACCCUUG